UCCCAGCCCCUCGUUCUGUCGGCAGCUCCGUGUUUACCACUACACAGAGUGGCAUGAAGUCUGAAGACGCCAGUUAAAGUGGGCGUUGCCCCCCUCUCCACUUCCUCCUGGUGUUGUUAAUUGAAUGGAGAGAUUGAUAUUGAGAGUUAACUUCCCCCGGAUGACCCUCUUAAUAGACUUUGCUGUCUAACACUUUUUAAAUGCGUACAUUUAAGGAUGUUUAUUUCUUACAAAGUCAUGGAUUUCAUCGUCGGAGGUUAAAAAAGAUGAUUCACUGGAGUUAACCCCUUCCCCUUCCAUCGAUUUCUUCGAUACUGAUGAUUUUUCAACACGUUUGCUAACGCAGAAGCGUUGCGUUAUGUAAUUUUACUGUAAAACUAUGAGAUCGAGGUGAAAAGAAAAAAAAAGAAGUUGCACUGACAGCGAGGAAAACUGCCUUUUCGUGCGGAAACCUUUCCUGUCUAUGUUGGAUAUCACUUCCGACAAAAACUGAAAAAGUACAAACAAAGAUGCACCGUUGUUCAUCUUACUGCUCCUAAGUACAUCCACAGCGUAUUCCUAGGACGAACUGCUGCCAGCAGCCCACUGUAUACUAGAUACUUCCCUAGGAAGAUGCAAACACGAAGAGAGAGAAGUAUGCAGUGGUCUGCCGACAGUCGGCAAUUCCGGCUCGGCAAAAUUCAGGUUGCCGACAUGCAGUCGGACGAGGUGAGCCUAGGGGACUAUUCCCUGCCCCCAGACAAAAGAAUGGAACACCUGAAGGGAAUUCCACGCUGUAGCUCGACCGAGUACACAGAGCCAUAUGAGACAACCAAACUACUAAAAGCUAUUAGAAGAGACGGAAGUGGAAACCGAAAGUCAUCUCCGUUGGAAGAGAAAUCAGGUGUUUAUUCCCUGGCAAAGUCAGUGAGUGCCGCCAGACCCCAGGAGACCAAGGUUCUGUACAGAACUCUAUCUGAUCCUGCGGGAGGAACAACAGAGGAGGGAAAUCCCACCCAGGACUACGACCACCUCAGUAGCUGGAGAACCAAACAUACUGUGUCCCCCAAGUCCCCGCGGUCCCCCAAAUCCCCCCGAUCUCCCAGCGGCCCCGUCAUACCGCAGUAUGAGGAUCCCUGGGAUUCCAAAGGAAAACAGCAACAUUUUAAUCAGAUUUGUGAGAAAGCAGAAAUAGUGUCACGAAAUAGUCAGCCCACUUCACCUGUAAGUCCAAACAAACCUCGGAACAAAAUGGAUGUGUAUGAAGAUGCUUGGGACUCAGAUUUUCAACAGAAACUGAUAGAGGCUCGGGUGCAGGAAGCGCGCAGAGCCAGUGAGUCGCGACCGAAGGGUCGAUAUGAAUACGAGGAGCCUGUCUCCACUCCUAAAUCAUCAGUGCGUAAACUUCCCUCCGUAGGGACAAAAAACACUCAAAAUGAAGGACAAGUGUACAUGUCAAAUUAUGAACAGCCCUGGGACUCUAAAGAGAAAGAACAAGAGUUGCAGGAAAAAUUUAGUCGUGUUGGGUUGUCUGGCGGUCAGAGAUCCUCGGGGAGCCCCCCACCCCCAGACUUCGCACCCCCUCCACCACCCCAGACAUAUGAAGAUGCCUGGGACAUCAGACCACAGUCCAAAAUCAUCUCACAGGUGUCGUUACCCAACAGAACGCCGGAACACCCACCCCCUAGAAGAACUAGUUCUCCUCCCUUGUCUAAAGCCAUGGCAGAGCCUAUUGACCCCAAACUACCCCUCGAUAUACAAAAAUUUUACCAUGGUGGGAUUACAAGGAAAGAUGCCGAGGAAUUACUGGUGAUCCAUAAAGAGGGAAGCUAUCUAGUGAGGCGAAGCGAGACUCAGAAAAACGUCUUCUCUCUGUCGCUCAAGGGUAUAGGUGGAAUUCCGAUGCACCUCAGAAUAAGUCUGUUACACGGGGAGUACGUCCUAGGAGAGAACAGCCAGCCUUUUCCGACGGUGCCAGAGAUGGUGGAUUAUUACACGCGACACAAUCUACCAGUACAGAACGCCAGCCAUAUUAAACUGCUUCAUCCAAUCGCUCGGCCCCGAAUGUGACCUUUGAACUGGGUGUUUUUAAAUUUCACUUUUGAAUGGUGCUUGUUAGUUUUUAGUUAAAUGAUGGUCAUAAUAGUUGAUGAUAUUUAUAAUCAUGUGAUGAACUUUUUCCCCUUUGCUGCCAAAGUUCUUGAAUUCUUUCUUUGUUUUAUUACUUGUUAAAUUCUUUCUGUUAGUCAUUGAACCAGAAGUUAAUUUGUUGACGAUAUUCUAGGAUUCCUAAGAAAUAGUUUAGCUGUUUUCCUGUUUUUAUGUGUUUUUAAGUCCUGUUAUACUGAAAAGAGUUUUACAGAUCAGAUUCACUGAAUCACUUUUAUGCAAGGUCUUGAUUACAUCACCAUGUUUUAUAUGCACAUUAUAUCACAUCAAUACCAAAAUUGAUAUGA